ACAACAGCAGCAGCACCAGCAGCAUCUCGCAAUGGCAACACCACCGCCUCCACGAUCUGUGUCCAACCUGUCGCCAACAGCAGAGACCGAACAACCACCAGCAUCACCAAAAACUCAGCAACAGCAAAUGAAAGAAAAGCUGCGAGAACGUUACCGCCUACAACCCGAUUCGAAUCAAGCACCCUACUCACCACGCCAAGAGCAUGUGCAACAAUAUCAAGACGUCGCAGCCGAGCACCUUGUCGAAAACCCUGUAGGCGAUCCUGAAAUGGCCAAAUGGAAGAGUUCGUUGUGGCGACGCGCUGGUCAAGUGCAGGCAGCAUUGGGUGACUUGUCUGGUAUCGAGUCCUGGCAGUCGCAGGGCCGAACGACAGAAGCUUAUGCUGAUCAGGCAUACAAUGAGGCCGAGUCAAGACAGCGGCUUGGUGAAGCGAGCUGGAUCAAUGGCGAGUACAACGUUUUGAUGGGCAGACUGACGAAUGCCGUUGGCUAUGUGGCCGGUGAUCCAGAAAUGCAGGCAAAAGCACAGUUGCGAGCAAGGGAAGGACAGGAGGAAAUCGAAAAGUUGAAGCGCUAGUAGAUUGCACAACAGCAUAAGCCAUAACGCUGUAAGCACAAACACACAUCAUCAUAGCAUAAUAUAACGGUAGU